CUCCCUUCCCACCCUAUAGGGCUGCUGGAGCGCCCCGCGCUGCCCCCGUCCCUCAGUGUCCCCACGGUCCGCUACAAACUCUUCGUGUCGGGACGCAGCGGGGUGGGCAAAACGGCCUUGGUGGCAACGCUGCUUGGGAACCACGUCCCCCCUUUGCACCGAGAGACGUUGGGCAUCGAGGUGAGCACGCUGUUCUGGCCCGCCGUCCCGCUGGGCUCCGAGCGCCCCGUGCUCUUUCAGCUCCAUUUCUGGGACUGCGGGGAGAAUGCCCUGCGGAAAUUCGAGCACCUCCUGCCGAGGCGGCGCAGAUCCCUUUUGCUGUUCUCCUUCACCGACCGCCCGUCCUUCGAGGAGCUGCCGGCGCGGCUGGAGCGUGUGCUGCAGCCCCACGAGACCGCUGCGCGUGGUGGUGGCACCAGAUUCGACUGUGGUCCCCACACUGCUGUGACGGAGGCGGACGUGGCUGUGUCCUUCGAUGGACAUUACUGGGGGCUGCGGGUGCUGCGGUCGGGGGGUUCUGGGGUGGCCGGGGAGGGUGGAACGGGUGGCCCCAUUGCUGGAUGCCCUGUGGGGCAGCUGUGGCAACGAGACCAGAUGGCAGCUGGUGUCAUCCAGAGGGGUCGGGAGGACCCCGAGGACUGGACCCCAUUUUAG